AUGUCCUACUUUCGCGUCACGCUGCAAAGAAGCGCCAUUGGACUUCCGGAGCGCACGCGCGGCGUGCUCGCGGCGCUGGGCCUGCGACGGCGCACGCAGACCGUGUUCCAUCCGGCGGAGCCGCAGUUUGCGGGCAUGAUCUUCAAGGUCAAAGAGCUGGUGCGCGUGGCCGAGGUGGGCGAGCCGCUGAGCAAGAGGCAGGUGAGGGCGGAGCGCACGCCGGACGCGGGGUUCUACGUGGAGAGCAGGGCGGCGGAGCGUCGGCCGCAAUAA